GCCCUUCGCGGGAUCACUACCGCGCACCACCUCGCGCUAUAUCUUCUAAAUGUUUUCACAGUGCGAACCAUAUGUGCCGUUAAUAAUGUAUCCGGCUGUGAUUAAAACUGUUUAAAAUGUACUUAUAUAUCUUCUGUUUUAUGGUUUGAGUAAUUUUUAGUUGUUUUAUUUUUCUCGGAGGUGUAUUUUAUAGGUUCGGAAAAUUACAUUAAGGGGUGGUGCCGUGAUGCCCGUUCGUAAGCAAGAAGCCCACCGAGCAUUGGAACUGCUGGAAGACUACCACAGCAAAUUAGUGAAACCCAAUGACCGUCAACUGCGACUUGCGAUCGAAAGAGUCAUCAGAAUUUUCAAGUCACGCCUCUUUCAAGCUCUUCUUGAUAUUCAAGAAUUCUACGAGCUAACACUACUCGAUGACACCAAAUCUAUCCAGCAGAAGACGGCGGAGACCAUCCGCAUCGCCAACAAGUGGGAAGCAGAUGGCACGCGUCGGGAAAUUCAGUCGGAAGAAAGCGAUUACAGAUCGGUCUCCAAUGCCUUCCUUCAAGACAGCAACCGGAAAUCAGAUCGCAGUAGCUAUACACCGGAUUCAGCAAAGAUGGAAAUCAUGCAGUCGAUGGCCCCGGACAGUGGAGAGGUUCAAGAAAAAAAGGCUCAUGUUACAACACCUGAAAUGAAGCAGGUAAAUGGAAUCGAAGGUGGUGGUCCAGAGCGUACCACAGGUGAAGAUGGGAAUGUAUACUUGACUGUAGUGUUGUCCCGGGCCGGCGGCGCUGGGCUGGGGUUCAGUAUUGCCGGGGGCUCCGACAAUCCCCACAUUGGGGAUGACCCGCACAUCUACGUCACCAAGUUGAUUCCGGGGGGCGCAGCCGCCGCUAGUCAGUUGCAGAUUAAUGACGCCAUAUUACAAGUUAAUGAAACAAAUGUUGAAAAUGUGACACAUGCCGAAGCGGUUGACGCACUGAAAAAGGCAGGGAACACUGUGAGACUGAAAAUAAAACGGCCCGGCACCGAAGACACUACAAACACAUCUCAAAGUAAUAAAGAGGAUGCGGUCGAAAUAGAAUUAGUAAAAGGAGGUUCGGGCUUGGGAUUCAGCAUAGCGGGUGGCGUGGGCAACCAACACAUACCCGGGGACAACGGUAUCUAUGUCACAAAGAUCAUGGCCGGCGGCGCGGCGCACCGCGACGGUCGGUUGCGCGUCGGCGACAAACUGCUCAUGGUCAAGAACACCUCUCGUGGUGACGUGGACCUGGACAACGUGACGCACGAGGACGCAGUGGCCGCGCUGAAGGCGACCGGCGAGCGCGUGCAGCUGGUGCUGGUGCCGGGGCCGCGCCACUCGCACCCACCCGGCCAGCCCUCGCCGCGCAGCUCGCGCGCCAACACGCGUAAGUGUCCUCUGUAUGCAGCGCGGGGACGUACACCUGCCGACGUGACGCACGAGGACGCAGUGGCCGCGCUGAAGGCGACCGGCGAGCGCGUGCAGCUGGUGCUGGUGCCGGGCCCGCGCCACUCGCACCCACCCGGCCAGCCCUCGCCGCGCAGCUCGCGCGCCAACACGCGUAAGUGUCCUCUGUAUGCAGCGCGGGGACGUACACCUGCCGACGUGACGCACGAGGACGCAGUGGCCGCGCUGAAGGCGACCGGCGAGCGCGUGCAGCUGGUGCUGGUGCCGGGCCCGCGCCACUCGCACCCACCCGGCCAGCCCUCGCCGCGCAGCUCGCGCGCCAACACGCGUAAGUGUCCUCUGUAUGCAGCGCGGGGACGUACACCUGCCGACGUGACGCACGAGGACGCAGUGGCCGCGCUGAAGGCGACCGGCGAGCGCGUGCAGCUGGUGCUGGUGCCGGGCCCGCGCCACUCGCACCCACCCGGCCAGCCCUCGCCGCGCAGCUCGCGCGCCAACACGCGUAAGUGUCCUCUGUAUGCAGCGCGGGGACGUACACCUGCCGACGUGACGCACGAGGACGCAGUGGCCGCGCUGAAGGCGACCGGCGAGCGCGUGCAGCUGGUGCUGGUGCCGGGCCCGCGCCACUCGCACCCACCCGGCCAGCCCUCGCCGCGCAGCUCGCGCGCCAACACGCGUAAGUGUCCUCUGUAUGCAGCGCGGGGACGUACACCUGCCGACGUGACGCACGAGGACGCAGUGGCCGCGCUGAAGGCGACCGGCGAGCGCGUGCAGCUGGUGCUGGUGCCGGGCCCGCGCCACUCGCACCCACCCGGCCAGCCCUCGCCGCGCAGCUCGCGCGCCAACACGCGUAAGUGUCCUCUGUAUGCAGCGCGGGGACGUACACCUGCCGACGUGACGCACGAGGACGCAGUGGCCGCGCUGAAGGCGACCGGCGAGCGCGUGCAGCUGGUGCUGGUGCCGGGCCCGCGCCACUCGCACCCACCCGGCCAGCCCUCGCCGCGCAGCUCGCGCGCCAACACGCGUAAGUGUCCUCUGUAUGCAGCGCGGGGACGUACACCUGCCGACGUGACGCACGAGGACGCAGUGGCCGCGCUGAAGGCGACCGGCGAGCGCGUGCAGCUGGUGCUGGUGCCGGGCCCGCGCCACUCGCACCCACCCGGCCAGCCCUCGCCGCGCAGCUCGCGCGCCAACACGCCGUCAAGCGUCGCCAACUCCCUCCGCCGGGAAGACGUAACGGACAGCUUGGAGGAGCCGCGCGUGGUGGAGCUGGAGAAGGGCGGGCAGGGGCUGGGGUUCAACAUCGUGGGCGGCGAGGACGGGCACGGCAUCUACGUGUCCUUCCUGCUGGCCGGCGGGCCCGCCGAGCGCUCGGGCCAGCUGCGCCGCGGCGACCGCCUGCUGGCCGUCAACGACACCGACAUCACCAGCGCCACGCACGAGCAGGCGGCCAAAGCUUUAAAGGGAACGGGACAGAAUGUAAAGUUAACGGUUGUAUAUAGACCACAAGAGUACAACAAGUUUGAAGCUCGGAUCAAUGAACUGAAACAGCAUCACACUCUUUUGCGGACGUCACAGAAACGAUCCUUGUAUGUCAGAGCACUUUUCGACUACGACCCGAUAAAGGACGACGGCCUACCCUCGCGGGGGCUUCCAUUCCGAUACGGCGACAUUCUGCACGUAACCAACGCGUCCGACGACGAAUGGUGGCAAGCCAGACGGCUGGACACGACGGACCCCGACGCCAUCGGCAUCAUACCGUCGAAGAAGCGCUGGGAGCGCAAGCAGCGCGCCCGAGACCGCCAGGUCAAGUUCCAGGGCCAGGGCACGCCCGUCAGCACGAGCCAGUCGACUUUAGAAAGAAAAAAACGGACCUUGUCCUUUAGCAGGAGAUUCCCCUUCAUGAAGAGCAGAGAAGAUGGCAAGUCUGAAGACGGAUCCGACCAGGAACCUUUCAUGCUUUGUUAUACACAAGAGGACACUAACGCCGAUGGGGAAAUCUUGUACCGAGUGGAACUUCCCAUGAUGGAGGAGAUAACGCUCAUUUAUCUCGAGGACGAGAGUCAAGACGAGACGGUGUUGUCGUACGAGACGGUGCAGCAGCUGACGAUCUCGUACACGCGGCCGGUUAUCAUCCUGGGCCCGCUCAAGGACCGCAUCAACGACGACCUCAUAUCGGAGUUCCCGGACAAGUUCGGCAGCUGCGUGCCCCACACAACGCGACAACGGCGCGACUACGAGGUGGACGGACGCGACUACCACUUCGUAGGCAGCAGGGAGCAGAUGGAGAGGGACAUACAGAACCACCUGUUCAUCGAGGCGGGCCAGUACAACGACAACCUGUACGGCACCUCCGUCGCUUCCGUCAGGGAGGUCGCCGAGAAGGGUAAACACUGCAUUUUAGACGUGAGCGGAAAUGCCAUUAAGAGAUUGCAAGUGGCACAACUUUAUCCAAUAGCCAUAUUUAUUAAACCAAAGAGUGUAGAAUCUAUAAUGGAAAUGAAUAAGAGGAUGACUGAGGAACAGGCAAAGAAAACGUUUGAGCGAGCUCUGAAAAUGGAACAGGAGUUCGCUGAAUACUUUACUGCGGUGGUGACGGGCGACACGCCGGAGGAGAUCUACUCGAAGGUGAAGGCCGUGAUCACGGCCGAGAGCGGCCCCAGCGUGUGGGUGCCGCGCCGCGAGCCGCUGUAGCCGUCCUUGUGCCUCGACUCCCCCCUCCCCCACCCGCCG